GAGGUCGCCCUGAGAACACCGAGCCAAGUCUGGGAGGCAAGGAAUGAGUGUGAAUGGUGUUCCGCUGCGUCAGCGAGGCCCGACCCGCCCUUGGGAGGAGGAUCCCGGGGACCGGAGCAGCCACGCGGUGGGGAGGCAGAGCAGCAACCCCCGGAAAAGGCGAGGGUCUUGCUGCUGGGGACAAGGCCGCAAUCACCCUCCAACAGCCCAGGUCUCCACGCCUCUGCAGUCGGAGCGGAAGGGGCGGAACCACGGUGAACAAAGCGCACAAGGUCCAAGGUCCGCGGCCCCGGGGGAGGAGAAGCGCCUGCUUUCUGCGCAGUCGCCCCGCCCGGACUGGGGGGCGGGACUUAGGCGACCCGGGGGUGGGGUCAGAUCUGGGCCCGCCUCCACCAGCGCCUGUGAGCCCCGGAGUGCGUGGCCCCCCGGCUUAUUCUGGGGGCUUCAGCUGUUCCCGAGCUUGUCCCACUCCAGAACUAAGCCUCCCCUACGCCAAAAGCCCAAGACUCCCCUCCUGAUUCCCAUGGCAGGCUACUUGCCUCCCAAAGGCUAUGCCCCUUCGCCCCCUCCACCCUACCCCGUGCCAUCUGGGUAUCCAGAGCCGGUGGCUCUGCAUCCUGGACCGGGACAAGCUCCAGUGCCCACCCAGGUGCCUGCCCCUGCUCCCGGCUUCGCUCUCUUCCCCUCGCCAGGCCCGGUGGCUCCAGGGCCUCCUGCUCCUUUCGUGCCAUUGCCAGGGGUGCCUCCUGGCCUCGAAUUCCUAGUGCAGAUUGAUCAAAUCUUGAUUCAUCAGAAGGCUGAACGAGUGGAAACGUUCCUAGGCUGGGAGACCUGUAAUAGGUAUGAACUUCGCUCCGGAACCGGACAGCAACUGGGUCAGGCAGCUGAAGAGAGCAACUGUUGUGCCCGCCUGUGCUGUGGUGCCCGGCGUCCAUUUCGAAUCCGCCUAGCGGACCCUGGGGACCGCGAGGUGCUCCGCCUCCUCCGCCCACUUCAUUGUGGCUGCAGCUGCUGCCCCUGUGGUCUUCAGGAGAUGGAAGUCCAGGCUCCACCUGGCACCACCAUUGGCCAUGUGCUACAGACCUGGCAUCCCUUCCUUCCUAAGUUUUCCAUCCUGGAUGCUGAUCGCCAACCUGUUCUACGAGUUGUAGGGCCUUGCUGGACUUGUGGCUGUGGUACAGACACCAACUUUGAGGUGAAGACUAAGGAUGAAUCGCGAAGUGUGGGCCGCAUCAGCAAGCAGUGGGGAGGGCUGCUCCGAGAAGCCCUCACAGACGCCGAUGACUUUGGCCUCCAAUUCCCAGUCGAUCUAGAUGUGAAAGUGAAGGCCGUACUGCUGGGAGCCACGUUCCUCAUCGAUUAUAUGUUCUUCGAGAAGAGAGGAGGCGCAGGACCCUCUGCCAUCACCAGUUAGAAGCCACCUCAGGAUGAGGAGACCCAUCUCCUUGACCAGAAUUUAAGAUGGUCAGCUGCCCUGGACAUUCCCUCCUGAAGCAACCCUUUCCUUGGCAUACACUGCAGCGAACCGACGAGGGUGGCAGAGUGGUUGGGAGCCAUUGUGUCCCAUCCCUUCCCUCCUUCUCCUGUGGCCCUGCAGAGGCGCAUGUAUGAGACCCGUUCCUUCUUCUGUUCACCAUCUCCUGGCAGUGCCUGUGCACACAUUAGCUUUUAAACUUCCCUGCACACUCCUUCCAGCCUUCCUCUGGGGCCUCUGCAAAGGCAGGGGCAUCUGGAAUCCUGGACUCAAGUUUUACCCCAGGGCUUGUGGGUAAAAGGCAAGCAGUACCAAAGAUGGCAGACACCACCCUUCCCUUAUGGCACUUUAGCCAAUUAGUUUAGCUUCCGAUUGUGGCACUCUGAGGGGAUCCUUGCCUCCUCACUAAUAGCUGUAGCGGUUGGGCCCCUGGGCCCUGCGGGUGCUUUCUGCAGCUUCCUGUGCCUUAUUUAACCGUUAACCCCUUCCUUACCCUACUGUAGGAAGGAGGCUGUGUCUUUGUAUGUUGUACUCAUAUAAACUUUGAAACUUUUUAAACAGUA